GGCUUUAUUAAAUGAAGUUCCUGCAGGGUAAAGAUGGGAAUUUACCUGGAUCAUCUGUUAGCUCCUCUCCAGGGAGGGAGUACAGAAUGUGAAGCUGGGGGAGAGACCUGGAAUAUGAAGCCUGUCUACCGGUGCCUGGACUCUGCAUUGUAGUGACUGCAUCUUGCAACCUAAGGAGGAAGAAGGGACAAGAUGUUCACUGCUGAUAAAAAUGGCAGCCAGUGUGUCUCCAUUGGACUGUGAAAGGAGACUUUGGACCUUGGUGUCUGUCUGUCUGGGAGCCCCAGGAAGGCUGCUGUCUGGUUGACACAGCCCUCUAAUAUUAAGUGGAGUGAGGGCAGCAUGGCUCAGAAAGCGUGGGUCAGCAUGCUCUUCCACAACCGCAAAGCCCAGCUCCUGCUGGUCAACUCCCUGACCUUCGGCCUGGAGGUCUGCCUGGCUGCUGGGAUCACCUACGUGCCACCGCUCUUGCUGGAAGUGGGUGUGGAGGAGAAGUUCAUGACCAUGGUUUUGGGGAUUGGGCCUGUCCUGGGCCUUGUCUUUGUACCGCUGAUUGGCUCCGCCAGCGACCACUGGCGCAGCAGCUACGGCCGGCGGCGGCCCUUCAUCUGGGUCUUGUGCCUGGGAGUCAUGCUGAGCCUCUUCAUCAUCCCCCAUGCCGGUCGCCUGGCAGGCUUCUUCGCCCUCAGUGCCCACCCCCUGGAGAUUGCUUUCCUCAUCCUGGGCAUUGGCUUGCUGGACUUCUGCGGCCAGGUCUGCUUCACUCCCCUAGAGGCCUUGCUCUCGGACCUCUUCCAGGAGCCUGACAACUGCCGGCAGGCUUUCUCCAUGUACGCCUUCAUGAUCAGCCUGGGUGGCUGCAUCGGCUAUCUGCUUCCAGCCAUCGACUGGGCCAGUAGCUUCCUGGCCCCUUACCUGGGGGGGCAGGAGAAGUGUCUCUUCAGCCUCCUCACCAUCAUCUUCCUGGGCUGCGUCCUGGCCACCCUCUUUGUGACAGAGGAAGCAGUGGGGCAGGUGGAUGCUCUGGCAGGCCCUGCACUGAAGGACUCUUCCCCCAAGCCCUCGUCCCCCAGCGGUUGCUCUUGCCGGGUUUCCAAAAGCCUCUUGCGAGCCAGGCAUGUGGUCCAGGCCUUGAGGGACCUCUGCACAUUGAUCCCACGGCUGCGUGGCCUCUGCUGCCGCAUCCCCAAGGUGAUCCGGCGGCUCUUCGUGGCCGAGCUGUGCAGCUGGAUGGCCCUCAUGACUUUCAUGCUGUUCUACACUGACUUUGUUGGCGAAGGGCUGUACCAGGGUGUUCCCAGGGCCGAACCGGGAACAGAAGCCAGACGUCACUAUGAUGAAGGCGUCCGCGUGGGCAGCCUGGGCCUGUUCCUCCAAUGCGUCAUCUCCAUCUUCUUCUCGACAAUCAUGGACCGGCUGGUGAAGCAGUUUGGGACCCGGGCGGUCUACCUGGCCAGCGUGGCAUUCUUCCCCCUGGUUCCCUUCGUCAUAUGCUUCUCCCAGAGCAUCCUCGUCGUUACCGUCUCGGCUGCCCUGACGGGCUUCACCUUCUCUGCACUCCAGAUCCUGCCGUACACCCUGGCGUCGCUGUACCACCAUGACAAGCAGGUAUUUUUGCAUAAGUACAAAAGCAAAGAAGAGGAAGAUGCGGCUCAGCUGGAUAAGAAAUCAGGCUUCCCCAAAGGCCCCCUCUCCAGCCAGAAGCUGACCUACCAGAAUGGCCAUUCUGGGGGCCUCUUCUCCUCUCCUCCAGCUGCCAGCUCGGCCAUGUGCGUCGGUUCCCCCUGCGAGGUCUCGCUCAUGAUGAGGGUGGGAGACUCUGACCCUGCAGCACCCGGUCGAGGGAUCUGCCUGGACCUGGCCAUUUUAGACAGCGCUUUCCUCCUUUCUCAGGUGGUCCCAUCCCUUGUCAUGGGGUCGAUCGUCCAGUUUACACAGUCGGUGACUGCCUACAUGGCGUUCGCCACCGGCCUCGGGUUGGUGGCUAUUUACUUUGCAACCAAAGUCGUCUUUGAUAAAAGCGACAUGGCCAAGUAUUCGGUGUAAAACGGGGCACGUGUGCACGUGGCACACAGCCAACUUGUUUGUACACGUGCAUUGACACUAUAUAAUAGGGCAGGCUGCACGUUGUGCACCCCUCCUUUCUGUCUCUCAUGCUGUUUCUGUGGGGCACGUGGCUGGGGAGAGGUUGUUGGGCUAAGCGCGGGUGUAUUAGGAAGGGCACCAUGCUGUUCUAUCUCCCACCAUCAGAGUUUGCCCCGUGGUGCCUUUGUCUGAGAGCGGUGUUGCACAGAGGGCAUCAAUGAGGUGAAAGGAGAAGAGUUUCCCUUCAAUCACAGGGUUAAAUUUCUGUACAAUUCCCCCGAGGGAGGGAGGCAGUUGCAUCCCGGAGGGAGAGUGCUCCUCCUCUCAUUUGUGGAGAGACCAGCUUAAAUCCUGCCUUGCUCUGGCAGGCUUCACCUUGCUUCGGAAAUGUAAAUCCCCUCUCUGACUGGUGGCUGCUGUGGACUGGAAUAUUCGGGGGACAGGCGGGAGGGUGCCGCAUUGGCAGAGCGGGGGGAAGACCUCCAGGGUUGGAAUGGGGCAUUGCCGGUCAGGACGCGGGUGCAUUGGCAGAGCUAUGUGGAAGCAGUCCUGCAUGGCACAGGGGUGCUGGAGGGGCAUGGGCAGAGUCUGGCUCUGUCCAGGGCUAGUAAUCCCAUUACUCUGGUGAGCACCACACUAAGUGACCACUCGGUGUUAGUGCACCCCAGGCCACCCUGCUGCACUGGCUGGCCGCUCUGUGCACCUCAAGUGCCUGAAACCUAUUUGCAGUGGCCUUAUAAAAUGGCCUGGUUCAAGGCAGUAGGCAGAGUUGAUUUAACAAGGCUCCAGGGCCGUGUUUUUAUGGCACUGCUCAGACCUCAUUAGCCUGAACAUUACCCUGUAUUCAAGUGUAAUAAUCCCCAGCGGGAUGUGCGGAGUCUGGUGUCCUCUGUACCCUGCAGGGGCUGGAAGCACUUAUCCUUUGUCCCCCCUGCCUGAGGCAUGUUAACGGGACACUCUGUCCCAGGUCACUGCUGUGAAGUCCUUUCCAUGUAGGAGAUGCACGAAGCCCUUGAACGAGAUCCUGUCCCAGCUGCCCUGUUGCAUGGCUGAAUAAUUGGACGUGCUGCCCUCUCUUCGGGCCACGUUCACUGAUGGUGUGAAAAGGCACAUAUACCCUGCCCUUUGAAAGGUGUGCAGGAGACUCUUCCGCUGCAUAAACCCCUGCUGGUGCCUAGCCUUGCCAUCCCUUCCUUGUCCUUAUUCAUCCCACAUGGCUGUGCCUGCCCCCUCCCUCCCCACCUCAUGAGAUGCUUCCUCCAUUUCAAAUCUCUUGUUCCUCACAUUCUCUGUCUUCUCCACCCACAUUGGGUCCCCUUGAUGCCUAUUCCCCUCCACUCGGGAAUAGCCUUGAUGCUGAUUGGGUGCAGUUGUUCCCUCCGAUAGGAGAGUAAGCUGGAGCAGACUCGAGAGGUGACCCUGUAGCAUGUCCUGGGUUCUACUCCUCUGUAGGGUCAUUUUUCUGCUUUGCCCCUUUUUCAAAGGGAAGAAGCCAAGAAUGACCUUUCCACUGAUCUGGCCCUGCUCUUGCUGCCAUGAAUUGAUGGCAGAGCUGUCUGGAUUCUGAGAUCCUGCUGCUGCAGAGGUCAUUCCCAGCUGAGAGGAUAUUCCCGGAUCAGUUAUAUCCCACCCUUAUGGAAACACGGGGUGUCUAUACUGCAACACAAGCCAGAACUAGUAGAACUUGAGUUAGCAAACUGUGGGUUUGUUAACCUAGGGCCUGAGCAUCUGUGCUCAUUUGGAACCCCAGGUUAGGAACUGUUGAACCCUGGGCCCCAACCUGGGGCUCCAGCAUCUACACUAUAUUAUGUGGGCCCAAAUUCAACCACCCAUAGACCGGACUUCCUCACACCCUACCAACAUGUGGUUGCUCUAGCCCUUUGUUUGUGGUGCAGUGUUGGAAAACUUGACUGUCCACCAAACUUGACUGUCCAGAAGCCAAAGAAAGUCUAGCCUAUGGGAUUGUGGGAUACUUUUGGCAGACUCCCAGAGCAUGCAUCCAGGGAGGUUGUGUCUACACUGCAAAGCCAUGGGGCUUGAACGCUGGGUCCAGUUUGACUUGGACUCUCCAUCCCCAUGUGGUUCUGAGCCCUGAAUUAGCGCAAUUUGUGUGUAUGGAGAAGGGGGGAUAGGCCUGAGCCUGAGUUCAAACCCUGGGCUUACACUGCAGUGUAGACACCCCUAUAAAGUCUUCAGUGAUUAAAUUGCACCUGUUCCCAUCUCCCAUUUUAACUUCAGAAACCCAUUAGACCUUGGGGAAAUGAUCAAAAGCAGAAAUGCCAGCUGGGGCCUAACUCCCAUUGAAAACCAAACUGCCACUCGGGCCUCUGAAAAUCUCUCUAAUGGUUUUUUAAAUCCCUGGCUCUUCUAUUUUUUCAUUCACAGUGGGACUGGCUUCCCCUGCCCCUUGCUAUCAUUCUUCCCGUGGGGAACUGCUCCACCAGCAAACCUUUUAAACAAGAAUCCUGUGAGUCCAGAUAAUGCCUGGGCCAAGGAGCCAACUCAAUAAACCACCUUCUAACCAGUGGGAUCAAUGCCCCUAUUCCAAAGGACGGGGAGAAGAGGGAAGGGCAGACACAAGGGCCAGCAGCCAGUCAGGAGCUAGUGUGGAACUUUACCAUGUCAAGUUAAGCCAUGGGGCUGAUAGCAUGGGAAAUGAGUUCACAGUGCCCCAUAUGCCAAUAGAGGCCUUUGCUUCCAGCACUCCCAAUCUCUUUAGCUUUAACCUAGAUCCCUCACUGCCAAGCCUACCCCAAGUCAUUCUAUUUUCCAGCUGUAGGGAGAACCUUCCCAAUGAGCUCAUUUGGCAGGGGGGUUGGAAUUUCCCCCAUGCACGCUUCUGGAGAGUGUGUGUGUACGUGUGCACGCACCUCCAUUCUGGCUGGGCUCAUAGAGAUUAAUCUCCAGCUCACUGAGUAGAAAUCUGUGUUCUGGGUCCAAAAGGUCAUAUCUUCUGAUUCCAUCGACAGAAUUUUCUGGGGGAAGGGCCAGUGGCUGGAAAUCACCCUUCUAAUUUCCUUCCAUCCCCCACACCACCCAAAACAAAAUCCCACCCACCAUUUUUUGGAUGAAGUAGACCAGCCACGGCACCUAUCUCAAACUGGUAUGUCAUAAUGUUAAAUAUAAUGAAGUGUGUUUUAAUAAUGUAUUAGAGGCUGAAGUAACCCACCCUUUCAAUGAGCAAUUAUAUGUGGGUUGCAGAUGGGAAGUUAUGUACUAUGUAAGGAAAACCCCUUUACAUUGUAUAGCAGAAAGGAGCAGGGGGAAAUCUUAAAGAGGCACAAUGUAUUUACCUAAGAUGGCAUUUGUUCAGGAUGCCAGGCCUAAUGAUCAAACUCUGUAAUAACCACUGACCACAAUAUUCAAACCAAGUCCAUUCAGUGGCCUGGUUUUUCGAAAGCGCUGAACACCCUUUAAAGUCACUGGGAGCUGCUGGGGGCUCAGCACUUCGGCAAACCACUUAUUUAAGAACUAAAUAUAAAUCAGGUUUGAAAAUAAUGGUCCAUGAGCGCUCUGGACGUCUUGACCACUCACCUAAAAGAUGCAUGGAAAAGUGAUGGGGUGGAGGAGAAGUGAAGGCCUACUUGUAAUAUGCUCAGGUCUCAGGCAGGCACCGCCUAGAACAAUAAACACCACAAAUCUUGAACCAGAGCCUCUCCUUUGCCCCUGAUUAAACAUAGGCUGAGAUUUUCAGAGGGAGUUGGGCACCCAAAUCCCAGUGUAAACCUGAGCCUUUGUCUCUACUGUCAUGCUCUGACCUGGCCUGUCCCAGGAGAGGGCAGACCCUGUGUGCAAAAGGAGCCUAGUCAGUAGCCAAGACAUGAUGUCAGGGGAGGUGGCUGUGUUUACUUCUUUUGUGUUUGAAAAGAGAGAGUUGAGCAACUGAACUUCUGACUCCCCAACUAACUUUCGUUUGUAUCUGCACCACCUAGUUCUAGGUGGGGCUCCAAUUGCCCCCGUUCUGACCUGAGCGGUAGCAGAUCCUGGUCUCCUGAGCUCUCCAUUUCAACUGGGAAGACACAGCAGGCUCUGGGAAUUGCCGGAACUGUGGGGGACUUUAUCUGUCUCAGCCGGAUAGAGGCUUUCCCAUCACUAGUGGCAAAGGAGGGUAGUGGCACUCUAGUGGGGUUUGUUCAUAGUAAAUAAGCUAAGAAGUUGUCCUCUCCCUCUUCAGCCCAGUGGGUAUCUCAGAGGGAGAAGCUAUUUAAUGUCCGGCUUGCCAGCAGGGGAGUCCAGAUUUCCCCCAUACAGAGCACUGAGUUGAGCAGCUCCCUUUUCCUCACUUUGCCUGCUGGGCUGCGUGCCAGGAGGUGGCAUGGUGGGAGGAUGGGGAUGGGAGAGAGGAGUGCAAGCCAAGAGCUAGUCAUGGCUUCAGCUCCAAACAUCCCUGGCCCCCCUGUGAGGUCAGACCCAGAUUGUCUCAGGCCCAUCUCUAGUAGGAAAACUGCUGUUUCUGAGCGAAUGCAAAGACCACAGCUUUGCCCGGAUAAUCAGCACAUACAUGGUGCAUCUACACAGGGAUAAAAGAGCUGAUUCAGACUCGCGAGACUCAGGCUAUGGGGCUAAAAAUUGUGGUGUAGACAUUCAGGCCGGAGCCUGAGCACUUGGAGCCUCCAACCUGUUGCUGAAGUAACUUGUGUGUAGAUGUAAAAAUCUCUGUAGAAUGCAAAUCAUACCCUCCAACCUUCAACCACUGGUGUAAGGUCCGUAAAGGAAAGGGCAGGCAGUUCCUGGGAACUCUGCUGGGUUUGGAUGGUAGAUCCAUUCCCUCUCCAUUGAGGAAUCAUAUUAUGCCUCUCCCUUCUUGGUUGCCCCAGGGGUGUUUAAAGGGAACACCUUCAGUGGUGUUGGGUCAGCGGAGAAGACUAUAAAGGUAGGGUUGGGUCUUUCUUUUCUAAUGCAUAAGAGUGCAUUAUUGUGAAUCUCUUGUCUAGGGAAGGAUGUUUUGAUGCUGUUUUCUUUCAGGAAGAUACACUGUCUGCAAUAUGGUCCUCUCUUAUUUAUUUAGUGGAGUAAAUAUUUUGUACAGUGUAAGGAGAGGGAUAUUAUAAAAUUUAUUAAGGAGGGAAAUAAAAAACUUUUAUGUUGGAUCACUGUGUGUGUCACUGAGUUAACUGCACUGCUUUGUGCAUGAGAGAUGGGCCAGAAAUCUUCCUCUAAUUCCCCACUCUGAACACUGGUGGGCCGGAUAAAGCAGUGACCCACAUCUCACCUCCAAGCCACUGUUGCCCUUCUUUGUGUGGCCUG